AUGGCCAGUCCUCCACCGAACCCAAAAGACGAGGCGGGCGGCUCUAAGUUUACGGAGGAGAAGGCAAGUCAUGAGGCCACCGCGCAGAAGAGCUUCAUAGCGCCGCCCGCCUCUGAGCUGCCUUCAAAGCUGGUAUACGUCGCGCGUGGUGGUAGUGGCCGCAGUGUCAAGCACACGUUCCGCACUGUAAAGGUAGCACGACGAGUGCCAACGCUGCCGCCCAAGAAGAUCGAGGCGGCGGGCGGCGAUAGCGCCUCAAGCGAGGCUGGUCCUAGCCGCCCGCGCCGCGACAAAAGUAAGCGACACGGCUGCACUAUUUGCGAAAAACGAUUCUCCAGCCCCGGCAAGCUCAGCCAACACAUCCUGUCUCAUACUGGUGAGUUACCUUUUUCUUGCGACCUUUGUGAUAAGCGCUUCAAUUCAAAAUUUAAACUGGUUCGCCACAACCUAAUACACAGUGAAGCUAGAGCCUUUGCAUGUACAGUUUGUGGCAAAACUUUUAAUCGCAAAGAUCAUCUUACAAACCAUGUUAGGGUGCACAACCCUGUUAAAAAACUUUAUAAAUGUGAAAAGCCAGAUUGUAGGAAAUCAUACACAUCUCAGCUUAGUUAUCGUAAGCAUGCAGCUCUUCAUUCUGCUGAAGAAGGGAAUCUGCAAUGUAAGAUCUGUGAUGAAGUGUUCAGUACCCAACAAGAUAUUGUGUAUCAUCUCAAAGUCCACACUGGGAGUCGUACUGUGAAAAGUGAGACAGACAAAAAGUAUACUUGUGAUCAUUGCGAUAGAAGAUUCUUUACUGCAAAAGAUGUUCGUAGGCAUAAUGUAGUACACACUGGAAGGCGAGAUUUCUUAUGUCCCUACUGUCCUCAGAAGUUUGGCCGCAAAGAUCAUUUAGUUAGACAUGUAAAAAAUGCUCAUCCAGAGGAAUCAUGGAAGUCAGCAGCAGUUGGUACAUCUCGGGAUCCUCUACCAGAUGUGUCUACUUUUGAGGAAACAUUCACUGAUUAUCCAAUUCCUGGAACUGAGUUUGAGCUCUGGAAAGCACCUUCACCAAAAGAAGAGGCAGAUGGUAGAACAAGUGUGCCUGCCUGUGAUAUAAUUGUUGAAAUACCUGAGUUAGAUAUUAAAGUGGAACCAGAAUUAGAUAUAAAGAUAGAGGAGCCACCAUCACCUGCAGAAAUUCUUGAAUAUCCUGUAGUUUAUGUUGUACCCCCACCAUUUUCCCCUACGCCAACGAACUUGCCAUUUAUAACAACACAGCAGUUGAGUGAUGUUGAUGUGCAUUUUGGUUCUGGUAAUGUAGAGUCUCUAUUGUUAGACCCAGGGGAAGGACCAUCAGGUUUGUCAAGAGAAAUGUUAGGUUUACUUGAAGAGAAUGAGCCUAGCUAUUCUGCUGAAGAUAGUAGUAGAAAUCAGCAAAGAUUGCCAGCUUUUACUCAAGCAUUUCAGACUGCUCAAAGUACGAAACCGCCACCCCCACCACCCCCUCCUCAUUAG